GCAACUAUAUAUGUCAGAUUAACACUUUUGUGUUUGUCUGAAUUAUACUUGAAGUGAAUGGACAGGCAAAUUUCCAUUAUUAUGUACCUUUUCUUGUCCUAUCAGCUAUCCACGUGUUAAGCAACAUUUUUUUUAUGUUUUUCAAUUCUUAUGCCCCAUCGCCGGAGCCUCUGAGGACAGAAUGUCACAUCCUCCCUAACAAAAACUUUUCACAUGCAACGUCUUUUACACACACUGACUCUUGGUGCUGCCAUUCGCUGUCCAGCUCUCCUUCAUACUUGCUGGUCAAAAGAGUUUUAAGAAAAGUGGAAGUUUGUCUGUUCAUUUGGUUCAGAGCAGAUUAUAACAAUGCGUCGGCUGGCUCGCUCGCUCGCAGAAAUGUUGUGUGUGUGUGCUCCUCAGCUGACCACAGGGCCUUCAGCUGUGACGUCUCUGUGGAGCAACAGGUGCAGGAAACCUUUGAGACGAUCCAGAAGACCUGCGGAGACGUCUCUUACCUUGUGAACGCCGCUGGAAUCAACAGGGAUGCUCUGCUACUGAGGACAAAGCCUGAAGAAAUGGUGGCAGUGCUCCACACCAACCUGCUGGGCCCCAUGCUGACCUGCAGGGCCGCACUGCGCAGCAUGCUGCGGACCCCCGGAGCGGCAAUCGUUAACAUAGGUCUGCUUCAGGGCUUCUACAUCAGCUGCUCUGUGGUGGGCCUGAAGGGAAACGCUGGCCAGUGCGCGUACGGUGCCAGCAAAGCCGGUUUAGAAGGUUUCACUCGGUCGCUAGCCAAGGAAGUGGCGUCGCGUAACAUCCGGGUUAACCUGUUAGCUCCAGGUUUCAUCCACACUGACAUGACCAUGGGGCUCAAGGAGGAGGCCAGAGCACGCUCCAUCCCUCUGGGGAGGUUUGGCACGCCAGAGGAGGUAGCCAUGGCCGUCCUCUUCCUGUUGGAGUCUUCGUACGUGACAGGACAGGUGCUGGUGGUGGAUGGGGGACUGCAGCUGGCCAUGUAGGGAGUGGCAUCACUGGUGCAGAAGGAAGGAAAGCCUUUCAGUCUUGGAUGUUUUGUUCAAGCGAGGAUGCUCAUGAUGAGCGUUGCUUUGUGCUAAUAUGGACGGCGAUGAGACUGAGUUAGAAGAUGAAAUCCCUCAUCUGCUUUCGGAGGGCUGUCCUGCAGAGUCACUGAGCCGCAUUGUGUGUAUGUUAUGACUAACACUGCUGACUCCAAAGUGUCUGGCCCUGUCCAGACCUCUGUGCCCCGGGGUCAUAAAUUUAAUCACCAGAUUUAACGCUGCAGCUCAUUUUCCAUGACUGUCAAGCGCUCACUGCUGAUUCCAGCGCUCAUGUUUUGUUUUUCCCCACCUCCCUCGGGAGAUUCCCCCAGCACAUGUUACCCCCUCUAUCUUCCCAACACCAUCACCCUCCUGAUUCCACCUCUGGUGGGGGCCUGUCCGGGAACGAGGCCCUUUGGGCUGCAGCUGGAGAAAAUUAGAGGUGGGG